UUUGUUCCCCAGGAAUGGCAGAUCAACUGUUUAUCUUAUGAAUACGACUCUGAGCCAUUUGGCAAGGAACGUGAUGCUGCCAUCCAAAAACUGGCCUGCGAGGCUGAGGUGGAGGUCAUGGUGCAGGUUUCACACACCCUCUACAAUCUGGUCGAGAUCAUAGAGCUCAAUGAUGGUCACCCUCCUCUUACAUACAAGCGCUUCCAGGCUCUCAUCAACCGUAUGGAUGCUGUGGAGAUCCCUGCAGAGACGAUCACACUUGAGGUUAUCAGAAAUUGUGCCACACCCAUCAGUGAAGACCAUGAUGACAAGUUUGGGGUACCCUCUCUGGAAGAGCUUGGUAAGUUUUUAUUUUAA